AGAUGAAUUUAUUAAGAGAGUGAAAAGGUGAAUGAUCGUUGAAUGUGCGUUGUUUAACAUAAUUGUGCAAAGGGUGUGUUUCUUUGUCUGUGUAUAACCUUUGCAUCAUCAUCGUUCUGAAAAUUCAUCAAAAUCAAAUCGGUGAAAUUCUUCAUCAUCAACGAUGUCGGAGAUGGCGAACACAGAUCCCGAGGGAAUCGACGGAGUCCGUAUGACAUGGAACGUCUGGCCACGUAGCAAAGUAGAAUCCUCCAAAUGCGUUAUCCCACUCGCCGCCACAAUCUCCCUCAUCCGUUCUCAUCCCGAUAUCCCCAGUCUUCCUUAUGCACCCCUCCGUUGCAAAACCUGCACCUCCAUUCUCAACCCUUACUCCCGCGUUGAUUUCACCGCUAAGAUCUGGAUCUGUCCAUUUUGUUAUCAACGUAACCAUUUUCCACCUCAUUACAACGCUAUCUCUGAAACUAAUCUCCCUGGUGAACUCUAUCCUCAAUACACCACCGUUGAAUAUCAUAUCCCUCAUACCGAUCCUAAUCCUCCUCCUUCCCCUGUUUUUCUCUUUCUGCUUGAUACUUGUAUCAUUGAAGAGGAGAUUAAUUAUCUCAAAUCGGCUCUUGGUAGAGCAAUUGGGCUUUUGCCUGAUAAUGCUCUUGUUGGGUUUUUAUCCUUUGGGACUCAGGUUCAGGUUCAUGAAUUGGGAUUUUCUGAUAUGUCUAAAGUUUAUGUUUUUCGAGGAUCCAAAGAGAUUUCUAAAGAUCAAAUUUUGGAACAAUUGGGUCUUGCUUCUUCUAAUUCUGCUGCUAGGAGACCGAUUAAAGGUGGUCCAGGUGUUAUUGGUGGUGGUGCUCCUUUUCCCAAUUCCGGUGUUUCACGGUUUUUGUUGCCUGCUUCUGAUUGUGAAUAUACUCUCAAUGCGCUGUUGGAGGAAUUGCAGAGAGAUCAAUGGCCAGUUCCACCUGGCAAACGACCUGCUCGUUGUACUGGAGUUGCAUUGAGUGUUGCAGCUGGAUUGCUUAGUGCUUGUAAUCCUGGGACCGGGGCUAGAAUUAUAGCUUUGGUUGGAGGGCCAUGCACUGAAGGACCUGGCACGAUUGUGUCGAAAGAACUAUCUGACCCAGUGCGUUCUCAUAAAGAUCUUGAUAAAGAUGCGGCACCUUACUUUAAGAAAGCAGUGAAGUUUUAUGAGGGUCUUGCAAAACAGCUGGUUAGCCAGGGUCAUGUUUUAGAUCUUUUUGCAUCAGCACUUGAUCAGGUUGGAGUUGCAGAAAUGAAAGUCGCAGUUGAAAGAACUGGUGGCCUUGUUGUCCUGUCUGAAAGUUUUGGUCAUUCAGUCUUCAAGGACUCUUUUAAGCGUGUUUUUGAGGAUGGGGAGCAAUCUCUUGGUCUCUGUUUCAAUGGAACCCUUGAGAUAAAUUGCUCAAAGGAAAUCAAAAUUCAGGGAAUUGUUGGACCUUGCACAUCGAUGGAGAAGAAAGGACCUUCUGUUGCUGAUACCGUCAUAGGAGAGGGCAACACAACAAUAUGGAAGAUGUGUGGUCUUGACAAGAGUACAUGCUUGACUGUGAUGUUUGAUCUUUCAUCAAGUGAUCGUUCAAAUACUCCAGGUGGUGUCAACCCACAACUGUACCUGCAGUUCCUUACAAGUUACCAGGGCCCAGAUGGUCAAUUAGUGCUUCGUGCGACAACAGUAACUAGAAGAUGGGUAGAUAGUGCUGUUAGUUCUGAGGAAUUGGUUCAAGGAUUUGACCAAGAAACUGCUGCAGUUGUAAUGGCUAGAUAUGCUUCUCUGAAAAUGGAGACAGAGGAAACAUUUGAUUGCACACGGUGGUUGGAUAGGUUCCUCAUUCGCCUCUGUUCUAAGUUUGGGGACUACCGCAAGGAUGAUCCAUCAUCUUUUACAUUAAAUCCAUCAUUUUCUCUUUUCCCCCAGUUUAUGUUCAAUCUGCGACGCUCACAGUUUGUACAGGUUUUUAACAACAGUCCAGAUGAGACUGCAUACUUUCGCAUGUUGUUAAACCGGGAAAAUAUUAGUAAUGCGGCUGUCAUGAUUCAGCCAUCACUAAUAUCAUAUUCAUUUAAUUCACUGCCUGCACCAGCAUUGUUGGAUGUGGCUUCCAUUGCUGCAGACCGGAUUCUGUUGCUAGAUUCAUAUUUUAGUGUGGUUAUUUUUCAUGGGAUGACAAUUGCUCAAUGGCGCAACUUGGGAUAUCAGAACCAACCAGAACACCAGGCUUUUGCACAACUGUUACGAGCUCCACAAGAUGAUUCCCAAGCAAUAAUUAGAGAUCGGUUUCCUGUUCCUAGAUUGGUAGUGUGUGAUCAACACGGUUCCCAGGCUAGAUUUUUAUUAGCAAAACUGAAUCCGUCAGCAACAUAUAAUAAUGCGCACGAGAUGGCUGCUGGUUCAGAUGUAAUCUUUACCGAUGAUGUUAGCCUUCAAGUUUUCUUUGAGCAUCUGCAAAGGCUGGCUGUCCAAUCUUGAGGGCAGAUGAUAGGAGAGACUGACAGUUUAUGGACUCUAUACUUUGGUAUGGGGAAUUCACCAAUGAUGUGUGUGUCCUGCAUUAUGCUGUUGCAUUCAGUUAUUUUUCCUUUCUUUCCUUUGUUCUUAACAAAGAGAAGAUCAGAGCCUGUGUGUAUUGAAGAAUAAGAGAAGCAAGGGCCUGUUGAAUUUUAUUUUAUGGAUAAAAUAAAUUAUUCAUAUAUACGUUGAGUUUGGGCAUUGCGGAAAGAAAGGAUAUGACAUUUUAAGUUAAGCCACAGCAGCAUAGUAAAUCAGGGAGAUAUUUUUGUUUCAUAUUUUUCCUAUUUGUUUUGGCCCGGAUAUUUAAUUUUUGGGUUCCUCAUCUGGAUUAAUUUACAUAGUGGUUUUACUUUUACAUACUCCCUAGGUUUGCUAAGAAGACAUUUUGUCAUGUCGUUGGAGUUUGAUAUCAGUCAUUCUCUUCUUUACACUGUUUUGUACUAUAUUUUGUGAAGUAAGCUUAUACGGGACUCAUCAUCAUGGUGAAUUGAACACUGUUGUGGUUGUUUUCGUUCUUUA